GGGACGUUGCUAUGGGUGCAGGAGCGUCGCAGUCAGCGAGGAAGUUGUUUCUUCACCUCCGGUAUAAAACAAUGCCGUAAUUAGUAACUAAUUUGUUAACAGGUGUGGUACUUGGGUAAACGACAGAUAAUGGAGCAUGAUGAUCAGCUGGAUGACUUGCGUCGUCAGUUCCAAGAACUGCAAAAACAGCAGGAGAAAAGAAAACUGGACAGGAAAAAAGAGAAAGAACCAGAUGGGCCCAUUGUCAGUGAUGUCCAGGACAGUUUGGAUCUAUCUACGCAAAGUGCUCAGGCAGACAGUCCCAACGACAGGCUGUUGCGGAGUGAGAAUCAGGCAUUGCUGGACCAGCUGAGAGAGCUAAAGGAUGAAAACGGUCGGCUCUUCAAACUUCUGAGUGAAAAAGAUUUUGAACUUAAACACCUGAAGAAGAAACGACAAGAAGAAAGACUGGCUUUAGCAGACACAUCAGGGUUGGCAGGAGCUGUAGCUGCCACCAAGAUUGUUGAGCUGUCCAAGAAGAACAGACAGCUCUGUGCUGAAAUCGAGCAAGAGAAGAUUAAAACCAAGCAAAAUAGCAACAGAAUCAAAGAGCUGGAGAAAGAGCUGCAGGCUGCUUUGGUACACCCACCGACUGGACAAAAAACUGACACAAAGUCACUGGAUAAGAGCUUAUCUGAAGGCUGUGAGGAAAGUCCACUGGUCAAAUCUCUGCAGGAAAAAUUAGCAGCUGCCCAGCUGAAAGUGACUGAGUAUCGCAACCAGGUUCAGUCCGCCAAACAGGAGUUGAAAGUAGCCCAGAAGGUUUUGGCCAGUGAGAUUGGAGAGGAGGUCAACCUUCAGCAAUUACUCAGCUGCCCUGGGAACUUCAGAGGUCGCUCACAGCAGAUACUGGCUCUUCAGACAAGGGUGCGGGACCUUGAACAGCAGCUGAACCAGUCAACUCAGCAGAGACAGUCAACUGUCCAGAGUCUAGAGGAGGAAUUUCUGGGCACAGGUGUCCCUCAGAAAACCCCUCCUCAAGACAGGAACCUCAGCUACAUCCGCACCAUCAAGAAGGAGAAGAGGGAGGCAUUUGAGCGGAUCUCAGCAGACUAUGAGGCCCUCUUGAAAGAACAUGAGGAUGUAAAGAAAAAGCUGGAAGCCUCUAAAGCCAGGAGCAAAUCGCUGUCUUUUGAAAUGAAAACUCUGAAGGGCCAGAUCUCCAUCCUACUAGAGAAGGGCAAACAUGAUGAUGAGCUUGUGGAAGCUCUGCUGAAACAGCAGACUCAGAUGCAGAAGAUGCUGACGCAGCUCAGCCAACAGCAGAAUGUACAGAGCAAGAAAACCCAGAGACAGCAAGUGAACAACAAGGCCUCAGAGCAUAAUACUGUCAUCCAGAAGCUUCAGAAGAUGGUUGCUGAGAAAGACGCCCAGAUCAAAGAACUACAGGAAAGCCAGCAACUCUCUGAAAAGGUGGUGAAGGAAGAGGAUGGGGACAUACAGCGCCACGAGACAACAAAUUGCAGUUCAGGAUUUUCCCCUGAAGAGGGAGACAUUAGCAAAGGAUUUGCAUCUUCAGGGUAGCUCGGUUUCUAAACUUGGUCAUAAACUGGUGUAGCCUGCUGUGAGGAGUAGUACAGAACUCAAAGAGAAAGAGCUAAACCAGGUGCAUUUGGACGCAGAGCAGGAGGCAGUGAUGCUGGAGCUGUAGUCGGAGAGGACAAAAUUAGAUUCAAAGUAAGGACUGUGCAUGCAGCAUGGUAAGGAAUGAUAUGCCGUGGCUCAGUGACACCAUGAUGUGACGGUGUCAGAAGAUUUUCAUCUUUUGCUGUUUUUCUAGCGCUCAUCAAAUUCUCCCUUAUCUGUCUUUCUUGUGGCUAUACUCUGUCCCUCAUAAGCCGUGUCCUUCAGCACCAGGAGUUUCUGAUUCUGAGCAACAGGAUAAUAAACUGUCCAACAAUCCAGAUGGCAGUUGUAAAUAUUUUUCAUUUAUAACUUGAACCGGCUCUGAAAUCAUUCAGUUUUUGCUUUUCCAUCUAUAAAAUUUAACCAGGCGACAGAAAUACUGAUGUGCAGCUCUGGUCACGCUGCCUCAGACAGCACUCAUUCAGCCCGUCAUGUUUGGGCUGCACAGAGAUGUUCAUGUUACUCUUGUAUGUUGUCUCCUGGCUGGUCAUUCAACUGGAGGAAACGGGUGCGCUGAGGGCAUCCCUAAAGAACGCUCUCCACCAUGGCCCUCAGCUCUGCAGUGACGUGAUGAGACAAGUCAAGCAUGUUUUCCUGCAGGCUCUGUGACAGCACAGACAAGACAUUAACCAGGGGACGUGGCUGGUCCCUGUUCAACCUCACUUCCAGCUGAGCCUACCUUCUCCUGUCACGUGUGACAAACAGCAGCCUGCAGGAAACAAGCUCUCCUCCUCCGCCACACAAGCAUCAUGUGGAUGUCUGACGUCCCCUCCAUUCAUACCCUUAAAGACUGUUUGUGGCGGUGCCUAUGUGAAGUUGGGUAACCUCAGUUUAACAAGUUAAGCACCUUGAGUAGCAGAGCUUUCAACUUAACCCUGAUGGCAUCAGACAAGGGUUCCUGGUGACUGCAGAUAUGUUUGAUGCUGAUGGGGUGUUUCCCUGUGGUUUCAUAUCUUGUCUGCUCGCUGUUUUGUAAAUGUCACUGCCACAUUUUAUUAAAUAAAUGCACGUUGUUUCCUUCCGUGGUAAGUGCAUUAUAAAUAUAGAAACCAUAAUGUCUGUUUUUGAAGUAAAUAUUUUUAUAAGCUAAGAAACAUCCAAUGUAAUCAGUGAAAGGAAACCAAAAUCUUCACCAAAUGUUUUGAAUGCAUUGUUUACCUUCAUGGCUAUGACUUUAGCAGAUUUUUUUUUUUUUUUUUUUUUUUUAAAGUUUCUUUGGCUUCAUUUGCUUGUACAUAAAUGCUUGACAGGCCAGUCUAAAUAGUAAUCAUCUCAGUUCAGUUCCCAAAAGUUUAAUAUUCCUGUUAAAUAUUACCACUAAUUAUUUCUGACUUGAAACCAGCUGUGUGGGAAUAGCGGUUGCAAAUAAAUGCAGAUUCAAGCUGCACAAACUCCCACUGUAGUCCUCAAUACAUUCCCCAGAGCAUGUCUCACAUGUACAGUAUGUGAUCUCCGACUCCUAGCCUAGUGGGAGUGGUCUUUAUAUUCAUGCUAACAUUAUACUAACAUCCGAGUUAUUUUCUUCCGAUGUAGCCAAAAGGGUUUCAGCACAAACCCCCUCCCUCUCCUCCCUCUCCACAUCACGCUUAAUUUAAAACCAUGGCUGAGUUAGUGUGCAGCUUCGAAUACCGCACUAUUUCUUCCAGGACCCUGUGGGAGAUUGGCAGGUCCCCAUUGGACGGAGCGAGAAAGUGCCACAAGACAAAAAUAUCAGAGUUUGGAUGUGAUGAAGAAAGCCUUUAUGCUCUGAGUAACAAAAAACAGCUUGUGUUGAAUACCUCCUGGAUAGAAGGUGAGGCACCUUUUAAUGCAAUAGAGUGAGAUGUGUCAUCGGAGGAGCAGAUAAACCUCCUGAUUAGACGCCCUGCAGGAUCUGACAGAUAUGUAUCAAAUGUAGUAAAGUGCAUCAGAAAGGGUGGUGAUGGGGCAAAUGCUUGUCAUUGUCCCUAACUGUAUCUGAUUCCUGGAAAAAUGUUUCACUUAAAACCCAUUUGUUGCCUAAACCUGCUACAUCACUGCUUUAUAUUAAAUCAGUGUUGGUGAACAUGUAGAAUAUUUUACAUAAAGUGUAACUGCUUUUAUUUUUUACGACGUAGUAGUUAAUAGAAAUGAGGGAAGCACUGCCAACUUUUCAAAGAGCUUUGAAAUAAACCUCAUUACUGUUGAAUACUAAUGUUACUGUGUAAUUUCAGUUAAUCAAGUGUCAGAUUAAUAUGACUACUCGUGUUGACUUAACUUAUUUAAGAGUGUCAUCACUUUCAAAUAAAUUACAUUUCACCAAACAAUUUUAUUAUUGUUUUAUGUAGCUGUAUUACGCAGAAAGGUGUAGAUUUAUUCCAAAAUGCCCAAUAACCCACCAAACCAAACACAAACUUAUGUAAACACAGCAUACGUAAACAGCCUCACCUAUUUGUCAUUCCAGGUUUGAAUGACUCCUUUCUCCAUCCUUCUCCUCAGAGGUAUUCCCUCGUUCUGGACCAAUGCUUCCUGCAGACCAUUGACUGCAUCCAGAAACUAAAGUAAAUAGUGGAGCUGUGAACGCAGAGGUUAAAGUUAGCCAUCAGUAUAUGAGGGAUCUGUGAACUUUACUCAGGCCAGAAAACGGUUUGUGCCUCUAUGAGUCCAUUCAUCUCUUGGUUGCCCCUCAUUUACAUGUAAUGGAAAGAAAAUAAACACCAGAGUCCUAAUGUGCUCAUUUACAGUAAGUAGAAAUAAAGUAAUGACUUGUUAUCUUACCAAGACAGCCGUGAAGCAAUGAUAAGCACUUAUUUUUGCAAGUGCUAUGAUCAAAGUCUACAGGAUGUGUUAAAUUGCUGUUGGAGCUGUUAUCACAAAUCAAAUGUGGAGGGCUUCACCACAGUCACCCACAAUCCAGAGAGAUGAGCUGAAGAGACAAGCUCUGUCAACACAUUAUCUGAACUGGAUUUUCCUUUAAGCCUAUUGGUCUCUUAUUUCAGACUUUUGAAGUUGCUCAUCUUCAAAUCUUGUUUUGCUUACAGUUCCCCAGUGUAGUGCAGUGAGUCAGUACUGUAUGCUCUCUUCAGUAAUUUAGUUUAUUUCCAAAACUUUAAAUACAAGUAGCAUCACUAGAUGGCAGUGUGGUUAGUCAAGCUCUGUGUCAACCACUAUCAAUGUGUUUUUCUGACAGAAACUUGCAAAUAUGUGAUCCAAGGACAAACAUGUCAGUUUAAUGUAUACUUUAUUUUUUGAUGGACUGCAAACAUCAUUUCACUGCAUCAUUAGUUCAUACGGUACCGUUUAACUGUUGUUAUCAUAAUUCAGUUGUUUCAUGUUGAUUUUCUUGUUUGUGGACUAAAUACACUACCAUACAAAAGUUUGGGGUCACUUAGAAACGUGCCAUUGACACUAUGAUAACCCCAAAAAUGUUUAUGAUAAAUAACGGAAACUUGAAGCAAUGGAAGCUUCAAGUUAAGCUAUACAAACACGGCAAAAACAUCAGGAGCCUCUUUUUGAUUAAUUACUGUUUCACUAUGUAAUGCCACUGUGAUUCUAAGCUAUGCACUACUGUUCAAAAGUUUGGCAUCACUUAGAAAUGUCCUUAUUUUUGAAAGAAAAGCAUUUUUUAAAAAAUUAAGAUAGCAUUAAAUUAAUCAUAAAUACAGUGUAGACAUUGUUAAUGUGGUAAAUGACUAUUCUAGCUGGAAACGGCUGAUUUUUAAUGUAAUAUCUACAUAGAGGUACAGAGGAACAUUUCCAGCAACCAUCACUCCUGUGUUCUAAUGCUACAUUGUGUUAGCUAAUGGUGUUGAAAGGCUAACUGACGAUUAUAAAACCCUUGUGCAAUUAUGUUAGCACAUGAAUAAAAGUGUGAGUUUUCAUGGAAAACAUGAAAUUGUCUGGAUGACCCCAAACUUUUGGACGGUAGUGUAAAUAAUACAUACAAUGCUGAUUCAGAAGCAUGUCUUAGUCUCCUUUGACAAACAGAAUUUUUUAAAAAUGCCCUUUUUUCAUUAAAAAAAUGCAAGAAUGCACACUGCAGCUUAACAUACCAGCUGCAUUUUUGAUACUGAGAGAUUUUGUAGGACAGCAGUACAAAAGCACUGAGUGCAAAAUGACACUGAAACAAACUGACUGAGCUAUGGAGACAGCAUUGCUGGGAAAACUGGUAUGUUUUGACAAGCUGCUCAUCACACUCUGCCCUGCAUGCUCUGCCACUAAAAGCUGCCUCCCUCCUCCAAUCACUGUAGUAACCCAGCCACCACUCUCGACUUGUGGCUCUCUCUUGUCUUAUCGUCUCAUCCCCUCAACAAUUUUCUCACUCUAAAUUGAAUUGCUUGCCGCAUUUUGUCAAACUUAAAAGCAAUCAAUUUCUUCAGGAAGCAAUCCACCUUGCUUCCGAUUGCCACCUACGUGUUGAUUUUUUGUUUUAAUUCAAUAUCUAGAGCUCUCCUCACAAUGUUGCAUUUUAUUCUGCCUCCAAACCCUCCACUGUCAGAGAAGAAAAGCAUACAGUGUCUUGAAAUAUGUGUUACCAAUCUAAAAUAUUGUGAUAAUGCAUGCGGCACCCAUAAAAUAGUGUGACCACAGUUAUGUGUUACAAGUUUAGAAUAAUUACUGUGUUCAUUAUUUUGUCUGGUAUGUACAUGUAUGUCAAUAAUAAUAAGAGCUAAAUCAAUUGUCAUUGUGCUAUUGAAGCUGAAGAAUAACAGGUCUGUGUGGGCAGCGUUGGGGCGGAACCUUUGUUUUGUUCCGGUUGCACCUUGGAAUGGUGCGAGGGAACACGCGUCCCGCGCGCUCUUCAGAAACAAUCUGGAAAGAAGCGCGGUGCACUGGUGUUUCAUUGUUCCUGCUUUAUCCACCUGAUACAGGUUUCCCAGAGACUAUGGGUUGAGGAGGAAUUGGAAGUUUGUCGGCUUAGACCUGGUGUCGUUCCAUCAAUGUCAAACUUCCUGGCUCAUCUUGGAAGAGUAUGUGCCAGAAAGACCAUAACAAGCAGCCUUAAGAUCUUAGGCAGCGUCUCCCUCAGGUUCCUCUCUAUCUCCCUGCACAUCCACCAACCACUGGAACACAUCUCCAAAGUUCUGCUGGGCCAGCUCAGCUUCCCCUCAGAAGAAGUUCCGCCACCUGCCAGAUGAAGGAGCCUUUUGAGAGGCAGCUGGCAUCGUGAUUGGACUGUACUUUGGUCUGUUCCAAUCCAGCUUCAGCUCCAGAGACGGCAGGCGGGACGAGUCAACGGAGGCCGGGUGGACGAAGGCAUGCAGCUGAGUACAAUCCAGAAAACAACAGAGGAGGAGUGCAGCGGCCCAGGGCCAGAACAAACAGAGUAGCAUCGUAUGUCUCUUAGAAAACAUCAUAGUAUAGCCUUUGGUAUGAAAAAAACGCCAUCAUAUACAUCGUAUAUUGUACAAAUAACAAGUCAAAGGAAAGAGACAUACAUUGUAGAAUUGUAGUAAUUGUGGGCUGACUGAUUUACUGAUUAUCAGUAUUUUAUUUUUUACUGAUUUACGGUAAUAAAUACAUUUAAAAAUGG